GGGCGGGAGCCUCCCGGCGGCGGCGGCGGCGGCGGCGGCGGCCGGGCUGCGGAGCGCGGAGGCUCCGUCACGUGUUUUUCUCCUCCGAGUGAGACGGCGGCGCGGUCGGCGGGGGCCGGCGCGCAGAGCCAGACGCCGCCGCUUGUUUUGGUUGGGGCUCUCGGCAACUCUCCGAGGAGGAGGAGGAGGGAGGAGGGGAGAAGUAACUGCAGAGGCAGCGCCUCCCGGGGAAGAGGCGUCUUCCCCGACUCCUUCCCAAACCUCCCCCUUUGCCUCCCGCCCUUGUCCCCUCCCCUCCUCCCCUGCCGACUGGAGCGAGGGGCAGGGAUGAGCCUGUCCCUCCGGCGCGUCCCCAGCUCCCUCGGCCGCCUAGUAGCGUUUCGCGUGGAAAAGGCACUUUCUCCGUCCGCCGAGAUGGGCCCAAAUGGGGGCUGCAGCGGACCCGUCCGCGGGCGGCAGCAGCAGCAGCAACAGCCGCAGCGCCGCGGUCUCUGCGAUUGAGCUGGUAUUUGGGCGGCUGGUGGCGGCGGGGCGGUUGGGGGGUGGGAGGAGGCGGAGGAGGAGGCGAAGGAGGAGGAGGAGGAGGAGGGAGAACCCCGUGCAACGUUGGGACUUGGCAGCUCGCCUCCCCCUGCCCAAGGAUAUUUAAUUUGCCUCGGGAAUCGCUACUUCCAGAGGGGAACUCAGGAGGGAAGGCGCGCGCGCCUGGAGGGGCAACGCGGGGACCCCUGGCCGCCGCCGCCGCCCGCCUGCGCCAGACUCCAGCCCGGGCGGCGAGAGAUGCAUCUUCGCUCCUUCCCGGCCGCGGCGGCUGCGAGGAGACUGGGCUCUCGGAGGAUCCCGGCUGCACUAGCGCCGGACGCACUGCCUCCCCCCCAGGGCAUGAAACGCCCGUAAACUCCGGCCGGGGCCACCUCCUUGGCGCAGCCGCUGCGUCCCCCUUCGGCUGCCCCUCCCCGGCGCGGGCGGCGGCGUGGUGUUUGGAGUCGGGGGUUCUGCCGCCUCCAGCCCUGUUUGCAUGUGCGGGGGCCGCGGCGAGGAGCCUCCGCCCCCCACCCGGUUGUUUUUCGGCGCCUCCCUCUCCUCGGCGGCGGCGGCGGCGGCGGCGGCGGCGGCGGCGGCGGCGGUGGCGGCGGCAGCAUGGCGAGCCCUCCGGAGACCGAAGGCUUCUCGGACGUGCGCAAGGUGGGCUACCUGCGCAAACCCAAGAGCAUGCACAAGCGCUUCUUCGUGCUGCGGGCGGCCAGCGAGGCGGGGGGCCCGGCGCGCCUCGAGUACUACGAGAACGAGAAGAAGUGGCGGCACAAGUCGAGCGCCCCCAAACGCUCGAUCCCCCUGGAGAGCUGCUUCAACAUCAACAAGCGGGCGGACUCCAAGAACAAGCACCUGGUGGCCCUCUACACCCGGGACGAGCACUUUGCCAUCGCGGCGGACAGCGAGGCGGAGCAGGACAGCUGGUACCAGGCCCUCCUGCAGCUGCACAACCGGGCCAAGAGCCACCACGACGGGGCCGCGGCCCCCGGGGCAGGAGGCGGCGGGGGCAGCUGCAGUGGCAGCUCGGGCCUCGGCGAGGCUGGGGAGGACUUGAGCUACGGGGAUGUGCCCCCAGGACCUGCGUUCAAGGAGGUCUGGCAGGUGAUCCUGAAACCCAAGGGCCUGGGUCAGACAAAGAACCUGAUUGGCAUCUACCGUCUCUGCCUGACCAGCAAGACCAUCAGCUUCGUGAAGCUGAACUCGGAGGCGGCGGCCGUGGUGCUGCAGCUGAUGAACAUCAGACGCUGCGGCCACUCCGAGAACUUCUUCUUCAUCGAAGUGGGCCGUUCAGCAGUGACAGGACCUGGGGAGUUCUGGAUGCAGGUGGAUGACUCUGUGGUGGCCCAGAACAUGCACGAGACAAUCCUGGAGGCCAUGCGGGCCAUGAGCGACGAGUUCCGUCCUCGAAGUAAGAGCCAGUCCUCCUCCAACUGCUCCAACCCCAUCAGCGUCCCCCUGCGCAGGCACCACCUCAACAACCCGCCACCCAGCCAGGUGGGGCUGACCCGCCGCUCUCGCACCGAGAGCAUCACCGCCACCUCUCCGGCCAGCAUGGUGGGCGGGAAGCAGGGCUCCUUCCGCGUGCGCGCGUCCAGCGACGGCGAGGGCACCAUGUCCCGCCCGGCCUCGGUGGACGGCAGCCCCGUGAGUCCUAGCACCAACAGGACGCACGCGCACCGGCAUCGCGGCAGCUCCCGGCUGCACCCGCCUCUCAACCACAGCCGCUCCAUCCCCAUGCCUUCGUCCCGCUGCUCGCCUUCUGCCACCAGCCCGGUCAGUCUGUCGUCCAGCAGCACCAGUGGCCACGGCUCCACCUCGGACUGCCUCUUCCCCCGGCGCUCUAGUGCUUCUGUGUCCGGUUCCCCCAGCGAUGGCGGUUUCAUCUCCUCGGAUGAGUACGGCUCCAGUCCUUGCGAUUUCCGAAGUUCCUUCCGCAGUGUCACCCCGGAUUCCCUGGGCCACACCCCGCCGGCCCGCGGGGAGGAGGAGCUGAGCAACUACAUCUGCAUGGGAGGCAAAGGAUCCUCCACCCUCACCGCCCCCAAUGGUCACUACAUUUUGCCUCGGGGUGGCAAUGGUCAGCGCUACGUCGCCGGGGCCGGCCUGGGCACCAGCCCGGCCCUGGCCGGGGAUGAAGGAGCCAGUGCAGCCGAUCUGGAGAAUCGGUUCCGAAAGCGGACUCACUCGGCCGGCACGUCCCCUACCAUUUCCCACCAGAAGACCCCGUCGCAGUCCUCGGUGGCUUCCAUUGAGGAGUACACGGAGAUGAUGCCUGCCUACCCGCCAGGAGGUGGCAGCGGAGGCCGCCUGCCCGGCUACCGGCACUCCGCCUUCGUGCCCACCCACUCCUACCCCGAGGAGGGUCUGGAGGUACACCGGGGCCACCACCGCCCAGACACCUCCUCUCUCCACACUGAUGAUGGCUACAUGCCCAUGUCCCCAGGAGUGGCCCCAGUGCCCAGCAGCCGCAAGGGCAGCGGGGACUACAUGCCCAUGAGCCCCAAGAGCGUGUCUGCGCCACAGCAGAUCAUCAACCCCAUCAGGCGCCAUCCCCAGAGGGUGGACCCCAAUGGCUACAUGAUGAUGUCCCCUAGCGGCAGCUGCUCUCCUGACAUCGGAGGUGGGCCCAGCAGCAGCGGCAGCGGCGCCGCCCCCUCUGGGAGCAGCUACGGGAAGCUGUGGACCAACGGGGUUGGGGGCCACCACCCUCACGCUGUGCCACAUCCCAAACUCCCCGUAGAGAGUGGUGGCGGCAAGCUCUUGUCUUGUACUGGUGACUACAUAAACAUGUCGCCGGUGGGGGACUCCAAUACCAGCAGCCCCUCCGACUGCUACUACGGCCCGGAGGACCCCCAGCACAAGCCAGUCCUCUCCUACUACUCGUUGCCAAGGUCCUUUAAGCACACCCAGCGCCCCGGGGAGCUGGAGGAGAGUGCCCGGCACCAGCACCUCCGCCUUUCCUCCAGCUCCGGUCGCCUUCUCUAUGCCGCCACCGCAGAAGAUUCCUCCUCCUCUACCAGCAGCGACAGCCUGGGCGGCGGGUACUGUGGGGCCAGGCCCGAUUCCGGCCUCCCGCACAUCCACCAUCAGGUCCCGCAGCCCCAUCUGCCUCGAAAGGUGGACACAGCUGCCCAGACCAACAGCCGCCUGGCUCGGCCCACGAGGCUGUCCCUGGGGGAUCCCAAGGCCAGCACCUUACCUCGGGUCCGCGAGCAGCAGCCACAGCCCCCCCUGCUGCACCCUCCGGAGCCCAAGAGCCCAGGGGAAUAUGUGAAUAUUGAGUUUGGGGGGGAUCAGCCGGGCUACUUAUCUGGUCCCGUGGCUUCCCGCGGCUCGCCUUCUGUCAGGUGCCCAUCCCAGCUCCAGCCAGCCCCCAGAGAGGAAGAGACUGGCACUGAAGAGUACAUGAACAUGGACCUGGGGCCGGGCAGGAGGGCCACCUGGCAGGAGGGUGCCGGGGUCCAGCCAGGCAGAGUGGGCCCCACACCUCCUGGGGCGGCCAGUGUGUGCAGGCCCACCCGGGCCGUGCCCAGCAGCCGGGGUCACUACAUGACCAUGCAGAUGGGCUGUCCCGGUCAGAGCUAUGUGGACACCUCACCAGUUGCCCCCAUCAGCUAUGCUGACAUGCGGACAGGCCUCGUUGUGGAGGAGGCGAGCCUUCCGGGGGCCACGGCCGCCGCUCCCUCCUCAUCCUCGGCGGCCUCGGCUUCCCCCACUGCGCCUCAAAAAGCAGGGGAGCUGGUGGCCCGCUCUUCCCUGCUGGGGGGCCCGCAGGGACCCGGAGGCAUGAGCGCCUUCACCAGGGUGAACCUCAGCCCCAGCCGGAACCAGAGUGCCAAAGUGAUCCGUGCGGACCCGCAAGGGUGCCGGAGGCGGCACAGCUCUGAGACCUUCUCCUCGACACCCACUGCCACCCGGGCGGGCAACACGGUGCCCUUCGGAGGGGGCGCUGCAGGAGGGGGCAGCGGUGGUGGCAACGGCAGCGCCGAGGAGGUGAAACGCCACAGUUCUGCUUCCUUCGAGAACGUGUGGCUGAGGCCUGGGGAGCUCGGGGGAGCCCCCAAGGAGCCGGCCCAAGUGUGCGGGGCCGCCGCGGGUUUGGAGAACGGGCUUAACUACAUAGACCUGGAUUUGGUCAAGGACUUCAAACAGCGCCCUCAGGAGCGCCCCCCUCAACCACAGCCGCCCCCGCCCCCGCCCCCUCAUCAGCCUCUGGGCAGCAGCGAGGGCAGCUCCACCCGCCGCUCCAGCGAGGAUUUAAGCGCCUAUGCCAGCAUCAGUUUCCAGAAGCAGCCAGAGGACCUCCAGUAGCUCGACUGGACAUCACAGCAGAAUGAAGACCUGAAUGACCUCAGCAAAUCUUCCCUUAACUCAUGGGUACCCAGACUCUGAAUAUUUCAUGAUUCACAACCAGGACCUCACAUCUUCCUCCUCAGUAGAUGGUACGAUGCAUCCAUUUCAGUUUGUUUACUUUCUACAAUCCUCAGGAGUUCCUUGACUGAACUGCACGUACUAUAUUGUGCCAAGCAAAAAAGCACUGUGACACCAGAAUAAUGAGUCUGCAUUAAGUUCAUCUUCAACCUUAAGGACUCAGCUGGCCACGUGAGCUGAUGUGAUCACCUCCAUGCCACGAGAGAAGGGGUUUACUCUCACUGCAUUUACAAGAUACAUUUCAUCUGCUGCUGAAACUGCGUAUGACAAAGCAUCAUUGUAAAUUAUUUCAUACAGAACUGUUCGCUUUGGGUGGAGAGAGUAUUAAAUAUUUAACAUAGGUUUUGAUUUAUAUGUGUAAUUUUUUUAAUUAAAAUGUAACUUUUCUUACAGCACAUCUUUUUUUUGGAUGUGGAACUGAGGUAUACAAUGUUCUGUUGUAAAGAGUGGAGCAAAUACUUAAAACGAGGCUAACAAGAGUAGAAUAGGGUACGAUCCUUGUUUUAAGAUUGUAAUUCAGAAAAAUAAUAUAAUAAGAAUCAUAGUACCAUUAGAUGGUUCUCAAUUGUAUAGUUAUAUUUGCUGAUACUAUCUCUUGUAAUAUAGCCCUGAUGUUGAGCUGAGAUCCUUACAAGAAUUGACCUUAAUUUUGUAUUUUUCCUGUAAGGCAAUAGGCCAUGUUAAUUAAACUGAAGAAGGGUAUAUUCUACUGGGUAUUUUCAAGUGUCAGCUUAAAAUUGGCAAUUGGAUGGAAGUAAAAUCACAACUAAAAGAAAUCAAAGACUUCCAUUGUAUAUACUGUAAAGAGGAGGAGACUUGGGUGAUUCCUUUAAAUCAAAAGCUCUCUUUGGAAUGAACAAUGUGGGUGUUUGUAAAUUCUGGAAAUUUCUUUCUAUUCAUAAUAAACUAGAGACUGUUGAUCUUUUCUUCUCCCCCUCCCCCCACUUCUGUAAGCUUCCUGCUCCAUUGCUACCAUUUUUUUUUUCUGUGCACACAUUAGGAUCUUUUAUUUCCUGCAUUGUCUCGGGAAAGAUGGUAAGACAAGUGAGUACUUGUCUUUCAUUUCUAACCAGAAAUUAAAACUCCAGAAAAAUGGUUUUUAUCAUGACCAGGGCUACAUGUCACUUUCUAUAAGACCCUUAUCUCCUGUUUUCUGAGAACAUCCCGUGCCACAUUAUUUAACUGAAUGUAAUUUGGCCCAUUUGCCCUGGUGGGUACUGGCCUUUUAGUGAUUAGUUAAUAAAACCCAGUGUACAGAGAGCAUGUCAAUGCCUAAUGACCAGCUACUGAAACAUCUAGCCAGCAGUGAAGAGGUUAACCCUCCUCUUAUUUGGAAAGUACACACAUCUUGGAAUUUUUCCUUAUGAAAAAGAAAAGGCAGUGGACAUAACUUCGAGCUAUUGCCUACAGUGUUUUUAAUCUUUUUUUUGCCAGGGAACUUCCUAAAGGUUAAGUGAAUUAAUGCCGAUGUCAGGCUCUUCGGAGGCCGUGUGAACUCUCUGUCAGAAAUUCCCAGCCCUGCUGUUGAGAAAGAGCAACAUUUUAUUUCUCCCAUGGGUUGAGCUCCCUGGGUGGGGGAAGGGCGACCCGGAAGAGGCCAGGGUUGGGGGCACUGCAGUGGCCGCUGCCCCUCGUCCACUGGUCAGGGGACCACUCAAAAGGGAGUGGACAUAAAUGGAAUUCCUCACGCUGGCAAGGCCUGCGUUCCGUUAACUCAGCCGGAUAGCAUGUACCUCACAGAUUGUUGUACAGUGUUCAUUGUGGCAGAUUCCAAUCAUUUGCAUGCUCAUCAAUUUCUAAGAUGAAUAGGUCUGUGGUCGUAAGAAUCCAUUGUUUUCAAGGAACUUGCUGAAUUACAUCAUUUCCUAUGAGGAGAGGACACUACCGAUUUUAAAAAUCUGAUACGAAUUUUUUUUUUUUUACACUUUUAUAAAAAAGACUUUCUUCGUCAAACUAACUUAAAUGUUUCAAGUAUUCUGACUCAUACUCUUGCUAGUGUAGGAAGAAAGCAAGCUGUCCUGCUGUCUUCUACUGGGGACAUAGGUAGUUAAAGAGAAAUCAAUGAACAAAGUCAGCCCCAACCACUUUUCCUGUGAAGCUGGUUAUGAUUUCUCAAGGAAGCUAAGUUUUGACUAUGUAUUGCCAAGAUACCUCUGUGUGUGGAGUAUCGACAUCUUUUGGGUGAGAACAGAAAUGAACAGACUGGAAAAGCCAUCUCUUGGUUAAUUUCUCUGAUGCUUUGUUGAGUCACGUAGCAUAAAGUUAGAAAAUCUUAUAGAAGCUGCUUCUAGGGGUCCCUGAGCUGGGUCUGGUGGUGGUAUCCAACCUCAUCAAUUUAAAACUGGAAGUUGCUGGUAUUUAAGGCAAAAACUCAUGCUCUGACUACAGAGGGGUUGACCUUGAGCAACAUCAGCUGCUAAAUCCUUGUGUUCAGUUCCUAUUGAGAGCUGGCUUUUAUCCAUUUCCAAGUAUUUGUAGGCCAGCCGAGGAAUUACAUUAAUGGGGCUUCUAGUGGCCUCUGGUUAACCUAUAAGUUAGUGGCUUUUCCUCAUGAGACCAACCUUUUAUAGUGUUCUUUCUUAGAGACCUAGGCAGAGUUUUAAAAUUCUCCUUUGUAGAAAGAACAAAUAUAUUUCAUGACUUUGAGAAUAUCUUCAUUCUGGGAAAAAAAAAAUCCUAGAACCAGCUAGAAGUGAAGAGAAUCCAUUAAUGAUCAACCACCUGAGUCAAUAAUGACAAUUCAGUACCGAUGUUACAUUUGUGGCUAUUUCUCGCUAACUUUCAAAGGUCAGGGACUUUCUUAACUAAUCUAGGUUGACUGCAAAAGUGGGUUUACUGAACACCAUCUAGCCAAAAGUAGAGAUUUUUUAACCUUUUUUCCUCUGUUGUCUCCUAACUUAAUUUUGGGACAUUUAACAUAUUAAGAAACAAUUUUACUGUCCUGUAAGAAACAGCAUUUUAAAACACUGAAGCCCGUUUUGUUCGAUCUCGCAUCCUGAAUGCAAUACACCAUGUAGUUGAAAACUUUAAUUUUGUUUACUGCAGGUGGUUUAAAAAUGGGAGGGGAGCUCAUCGUCCACUGACAGUAGAGCCAUGAAAAAUGGGAGAGAUGUGAAAUGCUCUGAGUGCUUUGGCAGAACUCUGUGGGUCAGUCCAUCACACAAAGAGGUGCUGAAACCAGAGACACUGUGGGAAGUAAGACCUUGAUUGGGGAGAUCAGGAGGACCCCUUGGGAGGAAUAUGGAGAUGGAUGGAAGCCACAUAUGAAAUUGCUGCUUUGCAAUGACUUGACAGGGGAGUUAGUGUUCCUAGGACAUCGUGUGUGUUAGGUGGAGGUAACGCUGCAUUCAUAAAGGCUGCUGAAAAAGUUGAGAGGAAGAAGGAUGCAUUUCUUGGGAUGUGAGGAAAUCUGGCCUCACCAAUACUGAGAGAAAGACAUCCACUCUGGAAAGCAAAACAGCCUUCCUGUAGUCAGAACAUCGAGGGUUAGACACCGGUGCCUUUGAUCAUUUCCAAAACCAAGCCAUAGAAGAUCUUGGAGGUCCUACCUAGUGUAGCUCUGUAUGUCCAUGUCUCCUACACCUGGGCAGAGAAAGCAUGGGUCGGAUGGCAUGUUGGGUUUCCCACUUCUUGUAACCAGAGCAUCUAGUUCGAUGUGGUGAAGAGGUAGAAAGAUAGUGAAGGUGUUUGACCCCAUUCUUAAGGAAUGUAUCAGUAAUGGAGAGCUUAUAAUUAGUUAAUAAGAUUAGAAAAUGACUCCGCUGGAGAGUUGCCUUCCUUUCAUUGUUGAUGACUUGGCAUUUGUGAUGUAUACACCAAGAGCUCUGGUGUUUUCAACCCUUGCCAUUCACCUGGCAUUUAAAUCUCUCCUUGCUUCUGUUGUUAAUUUCCCUGGUGUGAACCAGUCUGCCACAUAAUAGGACAAAUUCAGUAAACAGGAAAACUUGUCUGUAUUUGUAUAGACCUCUUGAGUGCUGUUUUGUGUUUGUUUUUGUUUGUUUUUGUUUGUUUGUCUUAGAACUUUGCUAUUUGGCUUAAGAAUGUAGUUCCCAGGACAAUUUUCCUUACAAAGUUCUUUCAUUACACCUCUUGGCUGCAGGGUGGGCCAAAUUAAAUACAUAUAUAUAUUUUUUUCAUUUAAUGUAUGUGCAGUUUGGUUUAUCAUCUUAAGAUGGUGGUGCUGUCCAUGGUGCUACUUCAUCCGUGUACAAAAGGACCAAUGCAUGGUCUGUAUUGCUACCAAAACAUUUACUGUAUAUAUGUGUAUAACAUAUGUAUUAUGUAUAUAUGUAAUGGGUACCAGGCCAGGUAUAUAUUUUUAUUUAGAAGUGUUUCACUUUUCCUAGUUUUCUUUAUAGUGUUAUGCUUAUUUUCGGUCCCCCCUUCCCCCCGAUUUUGUCUGGUACUUAGAACUGUAGUGUCUUCAUUGUUAAUUAAAGAAAAUUGUCUAAAUGAA